GCUGUAGGAGUGAUUACAUUCAGAGGGUCAUCACUGUCAGAGCUCUUCAAAGAUCAGAGUGGAUUGGUUCCUCGCUUCGAAAAACAGUCCAAAAUGAUGCAUAAAACAUCUUUUAUGGUUUCUCUGCUGAUCCUGGGAUGGAUCUGGACCCUUGAGGCUCUCCCGGUUCUCCCAGAUCCACUUUUUGCCACACAGGAAAACUUUGAUGUGAGCAAGUUUUUGGGAACAUGGUAUGACAUUGCUGUGGCGACUGCAUGUCAUCCCAUGAGGCAUUCGAGUCCCAGAGGAGAGGUCGCCAUUGGCAAACUGGUGCUACAGAGAGGUCCCACAGAAGGAAAGAUCAAGAUGAAACGAAGAGUUCUAAGAAAUGGAACGUGCACAGAGAUGACUGGAGUUUAUGAGCUGACCGCCACGCCAGGACGAUUUUUCUACCAUGUUCAAAGGUGGGAGGCAGAUGUGGAUGCUUAUGUGGUUCACACAGACUACAAAGAGUAUGCCAUUGUGCUCGACAGCAAACAGAAGGCGACGGGUGAAAAGAAAACCACGUUUAAACUUUACAGCCGGACCAUGUCUGUGAGACCAACUGUGCUGGAGGACUUUAAAACCCUGGUGAGAGAACAAGGAAUGCCUGAUGACAACAUCAUAAUUAAAAAGAAUAAAGGUGACUGUGUUCCUGGGGAGCAGGUCGUAGAGCCAUCGAUUCAACCCGAGCCUCAGCGAGUGAGGAGAAACGUGGUGCCUUCUUUACUCCUGGAGGAAACCGAAGGUUCUGGUGAUGACAUGCCUCUGUUCAACGGAACCGAGGCAUGUGGCACAUCUCCAGACACGGGGCCCUGUUUUGGGAUGCACGAACGGUACUUCUACAACUCCUCCUCAAUGAGCUGCGAGCUUUUCAAGUAUGGAGGCUGUUUGGGCAAUAAGAACAACUUUAAAACUGAGAAGGAGUGUCUGCAGAGAUGUCGCACAGAGGCCGUGUGCCGCCUUCCCAUGGCUGCUCAGCCCUGCGCCGGACAACCAGCCGUCUGGGCUUUCAACGCCACCGCUGGUCUCUGCGUUCCCUACCAACAAGGCCUCUGCCAGAGCAACGGCAACAAGUUCUACACCAAGGCUGAGUGUGAGGAGUACUGUGGGGUGGUGAAAGAUGAGGAAUUCCUGAUGUCCAUCUGAGUCAGAGGAGCAGCUUCUAGGAGGAGUCAAACAUAAAGCAGGUUCAUAGAGUGUGCAUCGUGAUGAUGUCAAAUCAUGACAAUCAGUGAAUAAAACGUUAAUAGUU